UUUAACUAGGCCGUGUGGAGGAUGUCCGAGCUAAUGGAUGGAAGGCGGAUUAGAGAAGAGGAAGCGCUCUCUAGUCCACUAUAUUCAUUCGUGCGUUUGAGCGGGUCCCACUGCAAGCAUAUAAACUAGCUGAUGUAUCUGAAACGCUACAAACGCAGAGGCUGACGCGAUGGAUUUCAAUGUCAAGAAACUAGCGUCGGACGCUGGCGUCUUUUUCACGCGUGCCGUUCAGUACACGGAGGAGAAGCUCGGCCAGGCAGAGAAGACCGAGCUAGACGCACACCUGGAGAACCUCCUUGCUAGAGGAGACUGCACCAAGAACUGGACAGAAAAGAUCUUCAGGCAGACUGAGAUUCUCCUGCAACCAAACCCCAUUGACCACACUGGUGCUCGCAUUGAGGAGUUCCUGUAUGAGAAACUUGAAAAAAAGAUACCACUCAGGAUCACCAACGCGGAGGUGCUGGGACAAUACAUGCAGGACGCCGCCAAGGAGUUCGGACCAAGCACGCCUUAUGGCAGCACUUUGAUCACAGUAGGAGAGUAUCAGAAGAGGAUAGGCGCGGUGGAGAGAGAAUUCAUACAUGCCUCAGCUGUUGGCUUCCUUAACCCACUCCGGAACUUUCUGGAGGGUGACUGGAGAAUCAUCUCAAAAGAGCGACGUCUGCUGGAGAACUAUCGCCUGGACCUGGACGCUUGCAAGGCACGGCUGAAGAAAGCCAAGCUAGCUGAGGCCAAGGCCGCGGCAACACCUGAUUUUCAGGAGACUAGGCCCCGCAAUUAUGUUCUCUCUGCCAGUGCAUCUGCGCUGUGGAGCGAAGAGGUGGAAAAAGCCGAACAAGAGCUGCGUGUGGCUCAGACAGAUUUUGACCGACAGUCCGAAGUGACCCGACUCCUCCUGGAAGGCAUCAACAGUACCCAUGUGAAUCAUUUGCGUUGUCUGCAUGAGUUUGUGAAGGCCCAGGCAGCCUACUUUGCUCAGUGCGCCGUGCAUAUGCAGGAUUUGCAGAAGGAGCUCAGCAGUGCAAAUGAUGAUACGUUCCCCAAUGCCUUUGUUGGAAACCCCUCUAUGUCGGUGAUCGCGCCGGGCCCUUCCCCACUGUCGACCGCCGCUCCGCCCGGGACCUCGCCACCCGGCCGUACCUCGGCCUCUCCCGGCCCACUGGACCCUGUCGUCACCCUGAAGAUCGGGGAGGUGAAACCCCCUGCCACGGGCACGCGCAAGGCCAAGGUCCUGUACGAUUACGAAGCGGCAGAUGUGAGCGAACUUUCGCUGCUAGCCGAUGAGAACUGAUUCGGUGGGAAACAACGCUGGAACUGAACUGUCGAGAGUAAAAUCUCAAUUAGUUGCUACAGAUUACGUCGGUGGAAUGAUUCCCAGCUUCAGAUACCUUACAAAAGCAUGUCCUUAAAGUACAGUUAAACGAAAGUCGUCUUUACUACUAUAAACGGUAUUCGUUGUAAUGUAGUGUAAUUCUCUGGAAGGACAAAUGUCUCUGGUUAAAUACCCAGGCAUGUUUCUCUCUAGCAAAAAAGUAAUAAAUCAUGUCAUUGCUCACUGUAAUAAUGAGGCAGUAAAGGUCAUCAUUUAAUGCAUAUAUUCUUUGAAUUUGUAAAUGGAAUUAUAUCAAAUGCCUGUUCUAAAUUAUUAGAGGUUAGAGGCAACAGUGAGCUUUGUGUUAGAGGGUUGUAACGGUGCUUGGUCCCCUUGGACUCCACUUGUGGCUAAGCAUUUUAUUAUUUAUUUAUUUACCUAGCUACUUUUUUUUUUCUUUUUUCUUUUUUUUUUUUUUUUUGGUGGUGGGGUUACACACAGUAGAUGAAAAGUCCUGCUAUUGGGAAUUCAUAGAAAACUGAAAUUUAAGGGGAUGUCGGAGAUGUUAGUCUAAACCAACAAUCUCAUUUAUCAUCUGUUCUUACUCUGGGGAGACAUUGGUUCACAACAAAGGAGUUACUCAUAGUUUAUACAGCAUUUGGAAGUCUGUCUGAUUUAAUCUGAAAGUAAUAAAGCUGUACAUGGCUGAAAUUUAAGGGGAUGUUGGAGAUGUUAGUGUAAACCAACAAUCUGACUCAUCCUCUGUUCUUACUCUGGGGAGACAUUGGCUCAAACAAGGAGUUUACUCAUAGUUUAUACAGCAUUUGGUAGUCUGUCUGAUUUAAUCUGGAAGUACUAAAGCCAGACAUAAGAAGAUAUGAUUAUGAAUGUUUGUGGUUUAAAGUUGAGACAUUUAUGAGUAAAUCAAAUGAGAUAUUUAUAUAUUUUAUUAACCAAGACUGUCUAUGUAUGCUGGAUUUAUGUAUUUGAUCCUUUUUUGGCUCUUACUAUAUAUAAAAUGAACAUGACCAAAACUGUAAUAUAAAUAUCCUCAUUCAGUAUCAGAGCCACACAGUAACAGCAGAUUUCCCAACUUGCCAUCUGUCAGGUGACCAUCAGUUGAAUUAAAGGAAUCAUUCGGAAAAAAAAAAUUACAGAAAUGUUUGGUGUCUGACACUUGCUACUUUACGUUUGCACUGAAGUUAUGAGGGUAAUAUACCUAACAAGUAAUGUAAAUGUCACACAUUUGAUUUUCUACAUUUGUGGUAAGUGAAAACUUGUUUAUAUUUUUUCACCAAACUAAUCCUUUAAAAGGAUAACAACCUGGAUCACAGGCUUGUGUAUCAAGGUGCUAAAUUAAGAUGUUUAAAAAUGUUUUUUUUUGGCCAACUUUGAAAUAAAUUGGAAGUCCUGACGGUGUUUUUUUUUAUUUUUUAUUUUUUAUUUUUUUUUUGUCU